GGUCCCGCGCACUUCCGCGCCAGCUUCGGCUUCAGCCUCAGUCUGAGAGUGGAGGGGGAUGGAUAGUAGCGGCGAGUCCGUGGUGGAAAAACAACGUGUCCACGUGCGCCCCGCCACGCUGCUCAACGCCGCCCCAGCCGUGCUACACCUUCUUCCCUGCGAGGUCCUAGCGAACCGGCCGGCCCCGGUUCAGCGUUUCUUCACGCCAGCCAUCCGCCAGGGCGAGGACGGCCUCCAGGUGUCAUUUCGUGGGCGCAGUCUGCGGGGCGAGGAGGUGUCUGUGCCGCCCGGCCUCGAGGGAUACGUGACGGUGACAGAGGAGAAGGGAGAGGGACUGAUAGGGAAGCAGGACUUCGGCGGCUCAGAGAACAAUGGCGAGAAAGAGGAGCAGAAAUCGCUGGAGCGGAGCUUCGACCGGUUUAUGGAAGCCACCGGCAGCUUCAGCCGCUUCACGGUGUGGGGCCUGGAAACCGUCCCUGGCCCAUACGCUAAAGUGCGGGGCGCCCUAGCUUGGCCCAUCCUCGCUGCAGCGAUUCACGCACAGGUGCCCGAGGACUGAGAAGAAAGCUUGGAAUUGAAAGCUGUCAAUCCCAUCCCACACCAGAAGGCAGUUUUGUGGAGCCAUUGAUUCCAUCAGCCCAAUAAAGGAGCUUAUGGCAUCUGUGA